AUGGGUGCUUCUGGAAAAUGGGUGAAAGCAUUAAUCGGACUCAAAAAACACGACAAAGAUGAACAACAUGUGAAGGAGGGUGUGAAGAGUAAGAAAUGGAGGUUAUGGAGAAGUUCAUCUGGUGAUAACGCUUCCUGGAAAGGCUUUAAAGGUAACAACCAUCACAAAGCAGUUUCUGAAGGUUCUGAAUCUCCAACUGCAGCAGAAGCUUACACCGCCGCUGUAGCCACCGUUGUUAGAGCUCAACCUAAGGAUUUUCGACUCGUUAGGCAAGAAUGGGCUGCUAUCAGAAUCCAAACCACCUUCCGUGCCUUCUUGGCAAGAAGGGCUUUGAGGGCUUUGAAGGCGGUGGUGAGGAUUCAAGCUCUAGUUAGGGGUAGGCAAGUGAGGAAGCAAGCUGCCGUGACAUUGAGGUGCAUGCAGGCGUUGGUUCGUGUUCAGGCCCGAGUGAGGGCUCGUCGAGUGAGGAUGUCUAUGGAGGGACAAGCCGUGCAGAAUAUGCUUAAUGAGCGGCGGACAAAGCUUGAACUUUUGAAGGAUGCUGAGGAAGGGUGGUGUGAUAGUAUUGGAACAUUGGAAGAUGUGAAAUCGAAAAUUCAAAUGAGGCAAGAAGGAGCUUUCAAAAGAGAGAGAGCACUUGCAUACUCUCUUGCUCAGAAGCAGCAAUGUAGGCCAACUUCAAGCACUAAUUCAAAUACAACCGCCUCGUUUUCCUCUCUCAAGAAUCCCGAGAUGAACAAAGCUAACGGAGGAUGGAGUUGGUUAGAAAGAUGGAUGGCAGCCAAGCCUUGGGAGACAAGAUUGAUGGAACAAUCUCAUGCUGAAAGCUUAGAUAAAACACCUCCACCACCUCCGAAGAAAUUUGCGGAUCCCUUUGUAAGCUCUAAUUCAAAACCAUGCUCGGUCAAUAUCAAGAAGAACAAUGUUACAACAAGGAUUUCUGCGAAGCCUCCUCCCCACAUUGGACAAGCUACUCGUUCGUCCUCAAGUCCAAGUUCCGAGUUUCGGUAUGAUGAGAGUUCUGCAUCAUCUUCUAUCUGUACAUCCGCAACACCAAUGUCAGGGAACACUUACGAAAGGACUGAGGAUAGUGGUAACAGCGCAAGGCCAAAUUACAUGAACCUAACGCAAUCAACCAAGGCGAAGCUAAAAUCGGGUAAUAAUCCAAUGUAUAGCAGAGCUCAAAGGCAACAGUCAAUGGAUGAGUUUCAGUUUAUGAGGAGGGCUGCAGGUUUCUCUAAUGGAGAUUCUAGAAGUAUAGCUGCUUCUGACCAUUCACUCAACUUUUCUAGGCCACUUCACCUACCAACUUCCAUGGAUAAAAGCUCGGUGAGGCCGCGGUGA